AUGAAGGCUGACGAGGACGUUCGGAUGAUAAGUGCAGAAGCGCCUGUGGUCUUCGCGAAGGCUUGCGAGAUGUUUAUUUUGGAGCUCACCCUGCGUUCCUGGAUCCACACCGAAGAAAAUAAGCGUCGUACCUUGCAGAAGAAUGACAUUGCUGGCGCUAUAACGCGUACGGACAUUUUCGACUUUCUGGUAGACAUUGUCCCUCGUGAUGAGUUGCGUGAAGAAGGAGGCGUGGUAGGAGCCGUUGGGGUCGGGGCUGGUGCAGCGGCCAGCGCUUUGGGUGCCGUGCCUCGCCCACCUGUAGGUAUGCCUGGCACCGCAGAUCUGCCGUUUGGUGGCAUGUAUUAUAUGCCACAGACUGCUGCUCCAACUGCUGCCACCAUGCAGCAGCCUACUGCAGCCAUUAUGGCACAGCAUCAGAUGAUGGUCAACAGGCAUGCUAUGGGAAUGGAUCCUUCCCUGAAGCUUCCGAGGUACAACGGCUUAUCCUGUCCGUUCAUCCGGUCGUCGCACAACUGCCGGCGGCAGGGGCGGACGAACUUUGACUAUCAGAAGCUACAGUGGUGGCCGAUAGGCUGCACAGUACAGCGAUUAACCCCAACGCGCCUGGUGCGGCAGUUUAAGAACAAGCUGGUGGUGGUGCUGGGGGAUUCGGUCUCCAAGAACCUCGCGGACUCAAUCAAGUGCACGCUGCACGCCGCCACGCCCCGAUCCAUCAAGACAUUCCGCCUUGCCAGUGGAAAGACCGAGCUUGCAGGGACAUGGAUCCCUCGAUACAACAUCCGGUUCGUGUCGGUGUUCUCAACGCACCUCAACAACGCCACGACCCUGGAGGGCCAGCCCAACGCUCAAGACAUCAAGGCGCUGUGGCAGCAACCCGACAGCACGGAGUCAACAGGGGGGAGAGGCACGGAUACAAAUGGCACGGCCGAGGGGAUUGCAAGGAGUGCUGCUGACAGGGUGGAGAGGAUUGAGACGAUGGCCAAUCAGCAGUCACAGCGCAUCCACCUGGACCAAUUGGAUCCGCGCGUUGUGGAUCUCCUGCCAGUGGCCGAUAUCGUCAUUUUCCAGGCGACCAACUGGUGGUAUUCACCCUUGAACCAGUACUACCUCAAGAACCGUCGAGUGAACCUGACUCGCAACGCCGCAUACGCCCUCGGUCUCACCACUCUAAGGGACUAUGUAACCCGCUCGGCCUUAGCAGCCACUCGUGGUUUGAAGGGGUUUAAGGGGAAGGCGGUGCUGCUGGGGGCGUCGCCCUCCCAUUACAAUAUACCCGUGCCUGGGGUCAAACCGGGGUUCUGUGAAGUGCAGGAGAUGAUGACGAUGCCGCAGACGGUUGAGUUCCGCAGAAGUGAUGUGAAGACGAACGUGUUCAGAGACAUCCAGAGGCGCGUGCUGAGGAACUCGGUGAUUCGCUACGUGGACGUUGGGCCGAUGAGUGACUGGCGCCCGGAUGGGCACCUGCAGAACUGGAUAGUGGUGACAAGUGGGUCGACCAAGAAGAAUGACUGUCUGCACUGGUGUGAGGCAGGGGUCACGGAUGCGUGGCUAGAGAUGGUCCACAAUACACUACUCUUUUGA